AUGAAGGCUACAGAGAGGGAGACCCCUGAUGCACACUUCACGGUGGACAAGCAAAACAUCUCCCUCUGGCCCAGAGAGCCUCCUCCAAAGACAGGAUCAAGUCUGGUCCUGAAGAAACCUCUUACUGUUCGAGUGGCCGUAAUCUGCCUGUUGCUGGUCUUGGUCACCUCCAUUGUGCUGCAGGCCAUUUUCUAUCCCUGGUUGAUGGGCACAAUAUCAGAUGUAAAGACCAAUACCCAGGUGCUGGAAGGUCGUGUGGAUAACAUCAGCACCUUUGGUUCUGAAAUUCAAAAGAACAACCAAGGCAUAGAGACAGCUGGCAUUCAGAUCCAGAUAUUGAAGACCAGUGUGGAGAAAGCCAAUGUACAAAUCCAGAAUUUAACAAGAAGUUGGGAGGGAGUUGAUCAUUUAAAUGCCCAAAUCCCAGAAUUAAAAAGAGAUUUUGACAAAGCCAGUGCUUUAAAUGCAAAGGUCCGGGGACUACAGAGCAGCUUGGAGAAUAUCAGCAACUUGCUCAAAGGACAAAAUGACAUUCUGCAGAUGGUUUCCUGGGGCUGGAAGUACUUCAAGAACUUUUACUACUUUUCUCAUACCCCAAAGACCUGGUACAGUGCUCAGCAGUUCUGUGUGUCCAGGAAUUCACACCUGAGCUCAGUGACCUCAGAGGAUGAGGUUAGUUUUCUAUACAAGACAGUAGAUGGACUUCCACACUGGAUCGGCCUAACCAAAGCAGGGAGUGGGGAAUGGUACUGGGUAGAUGAGACUCCAUUCAAUAAGGUCCAAAGUCUGAGGUUCUGGAUUCCAGGUGAGCCCAACAAUUUGGGCACCAAUGAACACUGUGCCAAUAUAAAGUUGUCCUCACAGUCUUGGAAUGAUGACCCCUGUGACAGUAAGUUGCUUUUCAUCUGUAAGCGGCCCUACAUCUGGUCAGAACCAUGA